AUGGAGGGCUUUGCCCACUUCUCCCCGCCGCCCUACCCAGACCUGUGGGGGACUUCGCCGCCCCGCGGAGAGGGCACUGCGUCCGCGCGGCUGAGCGGGCCCCGGGCGCAGGCAGAACCCCGCCUGUGCUCCUGGGCCCGGACUCCCCGCGAAGGGAGCGAGGCGGCAGCGCACUGGCAGCCCCAGGGCAGCGCACCCACCCCCUGGUCUCGCGGGCACCGGUACCACGACCUGCCGCGGGAAAGCCGUAGCCUGACCGACCUGGCCCGGAGGCCGCCGCUGCGCGCGAGGAAGCACAGGUCCCGCUACCGGCACCUGGAAGACGCCUGCAGGGAGACAAAGACCAAGCCUCAGUCCCAGGAGGGCAGUCAGCACACCCUCACCUGGCAGGAGCAGCCCCAACAAUCUCCUCUCUACCAGCAUUUCCCUGCAGCCCUGGGAGAUUCACCCCCACCUUACCCUGAGGGCACUUACUCUCCCCUGAGUGACACUUUGGGGGUGGAAAAGGCGCAAAGUGGAGAUCAGUGGGCUGUGCGGGUCUGCAGAGCACAGGGUCUCAGGUCCCUUUCCUCCGUUCCCACCGAGAAGUCCCAAGAGUUCAGAACUCCCUCCGCUUGCGGGUACACCCAGAAAAAAGAGAUCAGUGACCUGGUGGAGUCAUUAGCCAGUCAGUACUCCCAGCCUUCAGUCUCCAGCAAGGAAAUACAGAGCCAGAUCCUCAAGCAUAAGCUGGAAGAGGUGGUAUUGUCCUCCAGAGACCAGAAAAUUGUGGCCCUAGUGCUGACCCGGCUCAAGAAGGCCCAGAAGAUGCGGGAGCUGCAGCAGCAGGCGGCUGUAGCCUGGGAGGAGUUGAAGCAAUCGGACCAGAAGGUCCAGAUGACUCUGGAGAAAGAAAGGAAGCUGCUGCUGCAGGAGAGCCAAGAGCAGUGGCAGCAGGUGGAGCAAUGCAAGACUCGGUCCAACAGGGAGCAGCAGCGUGACCGACAGCGGGACAGCCGAACCAAGCACGCCACGCACCAGAACCCGUGGAAGGCGCAACUGGAGGACCGAGAGAACCAGCGCCAGGAGACGUCAGAGAGCGCCCAUGCUCUGGACCAAGUGAACCAGUGCCAUAAGCUGGAGAAGGCCCGUGCCCAGGUCCAGGAGAACCAGCGCCAGGAGAAGCUGGAGAAGGUCCACGCCCAGGCCGAGCACCGGAAGCAGUGCCAAGCGCAGCGCUUGCAAGAGCAGGAGAGGAUGCUGCAGGACCUGCAGGAGUACGACAGCCUGCAGCUGCAGAAGAGGCUGGAGCAGGCCAGUCACAGGAAGCAACUGCAUACGAUGGAGACCCAGGCGAAGGUCCAGGAAGCCAACCUUAGCUCCCUAGUCAAUUAUCAGGCCCGGAAGGUUCUGAUGGACUGCCAGGCCAAGGCGGAGGAACUCCUCAGGAAGCUGUCCCUUGAGCAGAGUUCCCAGUGGUCCCAAGAGAUCCAGCAGAGCCUGGUGAGGGAGCGUCACCGAGAACGAAGGAACAAGGCCCGGAGGGAAGAGGAACAGUUCCAGCAGGUCAGGUCGCGCGCGGAGGAGUUAGAGGCACAAAAGAGGAUGCACAGGCACUUGUUGGUGGAGCUGGAGGACCAGAAGAUCAGGCAGGCCAGGAGUAACGCCCACAAGAACAUCAGGGACAAGGUGCAGCAUCUUCGGGAGCUCAGCAUCCUGCGGGAGAAGAACCAUCACAUCCUGAAGUUGAAAGCCGAGAAAGAGGAAAAGUGUCAUAUCGAGGGCAUCAAAGAAGCCAUUAAGAAAAAGGAGCAGAGGAUGGAGCAAAUCUCGCGAGAGAAAGAUGCCCACUUCGAGGGCCUCCAUAAGAUCUCCCGGGCCUCCAGGAGAGACCACCGAAGAGCGACCCCUAGCAGCUACUUUGGGGGUCUUGCGCUGGAGGCCCAGCUCUCGGCCUGUCAACAGAGAGGGGGCUACUGAGAACCAGAGAUAAACAGCUCACAGCCCAGGCGACCAGAAAGAGAUGUGGCAGGGUGAUACAAUUUAUAAUCUGGUUAUAAUUGAGCAUUGAUUUUUUUAAGUAUAUAAAAUAGCUACAAUUUCCUCUCAUGAAUUAGUUUAUUGAUUGACUUGGAUAGUUGAACGGAUAGGGAAUAGAUAUUGGGGGUUUUAAAGGAAAUUACUUGUUU